AUGCUGAAGAUGGAGAUCGCGAGAACGAAGCUGCUGGCGGCCGUUCUCACUCUGAACGUCUUCGCGGCAGCUGGCCUGCGGCGGGCGAGGGCGGCGGCGGCGGCGAGCAGGCGUCCGCGGCGUACUCGCGGGGCGCGCUGGCGGGCUGCCGCGCCCCCUGCACUUCGCGCCGCCGCCGCCGCGCCCCGACGACCGCUACAACCUGGUCCACCGCCGCCAGUACUUCGCCUCGUUCCGCGGCGCCAGCUGGACCUGAAGGCGUCGCCGCCGCUCGACUACGAGCUGGAGCCGUCGUACCAGCAGGGCGUCAACAUGUACCAGUACGCCUUCACGGAGAGCACCACCUACGGCGACCCCAGCAAGGUCGUCGAGCACGAGGACCAGCAGCUGCGCCCCGCGCCCCUGAAGCGGCCGAGGGACGACCCGCCGGCCUACAGCGACGCCGAGGACAUGCCGCACUACAGGGACAAGGUGGUGUACGCCGACGUGCCGGCGCUGACCAACGCCUCGGCCACGCCGCGCCCCCUGCACCGCGGGGUGGACUCCCUCCUGCAGAUGAUGAGCCAGGCGGACGAGGCGGCGCAGGAGGCGCCCUCGCCCAAGCCCUCCCCGACGCCGGAGGCCCCUGAGGCCAAGAACAAGAGCAAGGCCGGAGGGAGGGACGCCGAGGAGGACCAGAGGAUGCUGGCUCACGUGGGAGGCCCCUCGGAGCCGCAGGGCCCCUACGUCACCACCACCGUGGCCCUCGGCUCCAUCAUGCUGCUCGUCAUCAUCAUCGUGGUCAUGGUAGCGCUGAGAGUCCAGUGGAGGGAGCGAGCGAAGGCGGCGGAGGAGUGGUCAGUGAGGCCGCCCACAGUCCAGCCCGCCUCGCCUGCCUCCGUGGGCGCCGGUCCGCCCACUCCGCCGUCGCACCUGGACCCGCUCACGCACCUCCACGCCGAACCGAUAAGGAUCAAGGCGAAAGGUCUUCUCGAACGGAGGGGAUCCAACACCAGCUUGACCUUGGAACUGCCCUCGACCUGCCCGCCACCCGAGGUCACCUCACCGCCCCGACACUGCACGCCGGAGGAGUUUUUGAUGACCGCUGGAAACAGGAUGAGCCGGAGACAGCUGAGACACUGCCUGAGGGACACGAGGGCGCUGCAUGCCGAGUUCUGGGAGGUCCCGCUCAACUUGCCCGACAAGUGUGACGUCCCAGGCUCCGCGGCCAAGAACAGGUACCGUACAGUGCUGCCCAAUGAAGCUACGCGAGUGAGGUUGGACACUGGAGAUCCUGCCACUGCUUAUAUUAAUGCUAACUACGUGAGGGGAUACGACGGCGAGGAAAAAGCCUACGUGGUAACCCAGGGUCCUUUGGCCAACACCGUGGCUGACCUCUGGGCGCUGGUCAUGCAGGAGAGGUCACCGGCCGUGGUCAUGAUUACCAGACUCAAGGAGAAGCGGAGAGUCAAGUGCGAGCCGUACGUGCCAGCCCUCAGUGCCACGUACGGAGACAUCACGGUCACGGUCAAGCAACUCAUACACAAGAACGGAUACACGACCCGUCAGCUGAUGCUCCAGCGCCGGGAGGAGGUUCACGAGACGCUGCACUUCUGGUACACCGCCUGGCCCGACCACAAAACACCCACAGAGCCCGAUCAGCUGCUCGCCAUGUCCCUCGAGGUUGACCACACUGGCACCGGAAGCGCCCGUGGCCCCGUGAUCGUGCACUGCUCAGCUGGCAUCGGACGCAGCGGCUGUUUCAUCGCGAUCAGCAUGGCCAUUAACCAGCUGUUGGAAGAAGACUGCGUUGACAUCCUUGGGAUCUUGUGCCAGAUGAGGCUAGACAGGGGCGGAAUGGUCCAGACCGGAGAGCAGUACGAAUUCAUCCACCGUGCCGUGGCGCUGUACGAGUCCACGCUUCCAGCCGUGUGUGUGAACAAGUGAUGCACGCCCUCUGACAGCUACCAUGCCCUCCCCAUGAACAUUUCAUGACCUCCCCCACAACGGAGUAUGUCUCUGGGUCAAGGACACUACUGGCCAGGGGCUUCGGUAGGAUGGAAAAGCCGCUUCACCAGGCAGUCUCUGCAAGCGCCUCAUUGUCCGUGUUGCCAUGCUAUGUACAACAGCCAGCAGGUGUUCACGUACGUCCUCAGUGCACCAAACGCAUACCGAGGACAUGUUACGAUAUGUACAGCGUGUACUUAACAAGUGCAGUGUGUUACAUUCCACAUGGAGGACCUUCUAUGGCUGUAUGGUGCCGUUAGGACAGUCGACGACAGACCCGUCGACAAUAACAAACAGUUCGCAUCUUGUUUGAUGUGGAUCUCCGGCAAAAGACAAGGCACAUUGGCCCGGUUUCCUCUGAGUGAACAAGUGUCUUCCUGGACACUCGGUCCGAUGAAAGACCAAAAAACAUUUUCCCAGUAAUACAAGAUAGAUAAUUAUGGCAGCUUAACUUGAAUGUAAACAUAAGCAUGAAUCAUUGUCUAUCCGAGUGAUGUACUUAUUUUAACAAAGAUAUUUAUCAGUUGUCAUACAAUACUUAUUUUCUGUAAUAUAAUGUAUGCAUAAAAAAACAUGAAUAUAAAAUAAACACACCUAGAGACAGCGCAUAACAUCUACAUGG